AUGUCUGAUGCGGCAGCCAAUCCCAAGUUGCCAGCUUCGACUGGCCUCAUCAAUGGUCUGCCCGUCGACAACCCAUGUCUGUCUUUCUGGCAACAGACUACCCGCUCAUUUCCAGAUCUCCUGGCCAACUCUGAGAGCUCCCUCCCUCCAACUGCAAAGUACCUUGUCAUCGGCUCCGGAAUCUCUGGAGCUCUGACCGCUUUCGAACUUAUUCACUCAGCUGGUGUGUCCGGGAGCGAUGUCGUGAUUCUGGAAGCCCGAGAAGCUGCCUCUGGGGCCUCUUCACGCAAUGCAGGGCACGUUCGGCCCGAUGCCUUUCGUGGAUUCCAAGUUUACCAACGGAUACACGGCACAGAACAAGCACUUAAGAUAAUCGCAAACGAGAGAGAUGUUCUCCACAAGAUUGACGCAUUUGUGAACAAGCAUGAUGUCCCUUGUGACUUCAAUCUUGCAACAACGCUCGACGUGUGUCUUACCCCCGAGUUUGCCGAGUUCAACGCUAGGAGCUUCAAAGAGUACCAGGAGGCCGGUGGGGACCUGAGCCAUGUGAAGGUCUACGAGGGGGAGGAGGCCUCAAGAAGGACAGGCAUAAAGGAGACCGUUAGCGCAUAUGAGUGGCCUGCUGGGUCCAGUCAUCCUGCAAAGCUUGCCCAGUGGCUGUUGAGCCAGAGCAUUGCCAAAGGCGCAAUUUUCUUCACGCAAUGUCCGGCUCUGAAGGUUUCCAAGAGCUCAGAUGUGGAGGCACGGUGGGACAUCGAGACUCCCAAAGGCAUCAUAACGGCAGAAACAGUAGUCCACUGCACCAACGGGUUCGCCGGCCAUCUCAUCGCUCAGGUGGCACCAUACGUGACACCGACGAGAGCGCAGGCACUUUCAUUCGUCCCACCAAUGGCUUUGUCGGGGAAGAAGAUGUUAGCCAGCACGAUGUCAUUGCGGUAUAGCCUCCACAACUUCUACUCCGUGAUGCAGCGCAAAGCCGACGGAAUUCUCAUCCUGGGAGCCUCGAGAAAAAGCCCAAAUCUCAGUCAGGAGACAGUCGAGGGCAUGGCAAAGCCAGAUGACACCACGUUCAUCGAGGAGAUCAAGCAAGACAUUGUUGCAAACUUUGAGAAAUGUUUCCCCUCGUGUGAGAAUGGAAGACUCAGACACGGUGAGGGAGCUCAGCAUACAUGGACUGGCGUUCUAGGUAUGACGACAGACUCAGUUCCGUUUGUGGGCAGUUUGAAUGGUCUUCCAGGGCAGUACGUCUGUGCGGGCUUCAACGGACAUGGUAAGACUACUCUCAGCAUCUUUGUCAGUGCCAGUCACACUAAUACAGAACUAGGAAUGGCACGAAUUUUCAACUGCGCCCCUGCUGUAGUCAAGAUUAUUCACGGUGCCAACUGGUCUGAUACCGGAUUACCGGAGUGCUUUGACGUUACGGAAGAGCGGCUGCAGCGACUGUCCCAGGGCUCGAUCGAGUCCGUUUUCUGA